GACUGGAGCACAGCUCAGUCGCGGACAUUGCAGAGUAACAGCAACACGCGCCAUGAAGAACUUCACUUUGAUAGCAGCUUUGAGUCUCUGCAGCAUUAGCUGGAUCUCUGCCUCAGUCUCUCAGUAUCAGACUGUGGAGGCUCAGCCUGGUGAAGAAGUCACACUGCAGUGCAGCAACAUUUCAAAAUUUGAUACUCAAACAUUCUGGUCCAGAUUGGUCAACAGAACCAAGAUCAGCUGUGUUGUUGUUAUGUUUAAUUAUAAAGGCGGAAAUAAACUCUGUGGUGGAUAUGAAAAAGAGAAAUUUGAAAUGAAGUCCAACACGUCCACUGUCUUUCUCAACAUCAAAGGAGUGGAUUCACCUGACGCUGGGCUGUAUUACUGUGGAUUUUUCAUAGACGGAACUCCAAGUUUGACUCCCAUACAUUUAAAGGUUAAUGGCAGUGGUGAGCCGCAUGAUGAUGACAGGGAGGGUAAAAGAGAGUCUGACGGAAUAGCAAUGCUGACAAGUGUGAUCCUGGGUGCUCUGACUGUUGUCAUUGUACUGAUCAUCAUUGGUCUGGUUGUGAAAGUCAGGAAACUUCAGACAGCUGUUAAGGAAGACCAGAAUCCUGAACAAAGAGAGAAUGUGGGCCGUGAUGAUGACGUGAACUAUGCAGCUGUGACAAUUCGACCGAAAGCAAAAAGAAGAGAGCAGGAGCUAAAUGUUAUCUAUGCUUCAACCAGAUAGACUCAGGAGGCAACUGGAGCUGACGCUCUAUUAUAUGAAAAUGCUUUCAGCUUUUGUAUGCCAUGUUGGUGACAGCAGUUAUCAUUCUAGCCAAACUCUUUUCUUAUGCAAUAAAGAUCAUGUGUUCAUCCAUUUGUAAGUGUCUUCCUGCCACUGGUAUGUUUUGAUGGAGGAGCCAGUAAGGACGAUGAUGACUGCUCCAACUGUCUUAUAGUGAGAGAUAG